AUGUAUUUAAGUAGCUCCAAGAAAAGUGGAGGCUCAAUUUUGACUCUAGCUGGGCUCAUUUGCUACUUUUUAGGCCUGAUAUUGAGGUUUGAUCGUUUUUUGCUUAUCUUGGGAAAUCUACUCUUUACUGCUGGCACAUGCUAUAUAGCUGGAGCAUCUACUUUGGCAUUAUUUUUCUUUAAGCCUUCAAAGUUUAAAGGUUCAGCAUGCUGCUUCAUAGGAUUGUUCCUAAUACUGUGCAAUUGGACUAUUUUUGGGACAUUCAUUCAAUUAUUUGGGUUUUUCUACUUAUUCAGAGAUUUUCUUCCUCAGCUUUAUUCAUCUUCAAAAUAUAUCCCAGGAAUUGGACCUUAUAUAUGCAAUUCUCCGUCCAUACAUGAAUUUAUAGGUAAAAUAUCAGGGCAAGGGAAGAUAGCAUCAGUUUAA